CUCGAGCCGCGACUGGUCCAUGCGCAUCCAUGAUAGUCCAUGCCGUCCAUUCAAAUUUACCACCAAACUUCAAUCAGGCACUCUUGCCGAAUUUGAUAUGACGGCGCUGACAAUGGCAAUGGGAAAGUCGUUUUCUAGACCCUUUCGACGAAUGAGGUUCUCUAUACUCCGAACCCUACUUUUCCACGGUUCCUGGACGACCGGGAUCGCUCUCCUAGCCUGACUCACUGUAUGGAUGGGGUUAUCGCUGAAGUCUCUGAUUGAACAGCUGGUGGCUCGCUUCUGCGACGUCAUCGAUGCAGAGCCCGACAUUCGCUAGUCACCUGAGGGCCUCCGGAACGAAACUCUGUGGACUCCGUAAACUGCCUGUGUUAGAACUGGCCACUUCUCAUACUCGUGUCCUCGCUAUCAUAUCGUAUGGUGUCUCUAACACGGAUUUUGCCGGGAUCCGAGGCUGGGGCAACAUUGGACCUCUACUAUACGCCGUACAGGAAGGACAGAAAUAUGUAAAAUGUCUUGGUACAGGAAGAUCUGAGAAAUGAUGAGCGACGAUCUGAAUUGGCCGAGUUCCUUUGGCCGAAGAUAGGACGUGCUGAUAAGUUCAGGUACAAGUCAGUACCUCAGAUAGUCGCAAUAUUCAUACUCCAAACCCAGGAUUCGUAUGGGGAGCGCCUGGGACAGAAACCUCGGGUAAAAACCCUGGACGUUCUUGGCACUUUUGUGAUUGUACUGUAUUGCGCCUGCUGCAUGGCGCAGACUUGAAUGUAUAGAACUACUUUGCACUCGUCAUUUUAUCAAUUUCCUACCUGACAUACACCUACUUACAGUUUCACCUUAUCAGAUCUCGACCUGUCCCCCUAGGCACUCUCAACUUCCAACAUGAGCGCAGCCGAGUUGGCCGCUUUUGAGAACGAACUCAAGGAAUACACACUGCAACUGGAAACAGUACAGUCAAGUUUACAAGAUGAUCCAGACAACACUGAACUACAGAGCCUGAAAUCAGAACUUGAAGAAGUUAUUUCCCUCACCGAAGCUGCCAUUGCAGAACUAAAGCCUGCUUCAGUACAAGCGCACUCUGCGAAACCCUCGCCGCCACCAGUGAAGGAGAAAUGGUCAAAAGAAAACCAUCCAGCUUAUCAAGCCGGCUAUCGGAAACCUGAUGUUGAAGAAGAAUCACAAACACCAACAACAUUCUCUGUCAAUGACAAUGUCAUGGCUAGAUGGAAAUCAGGCGAUGGGGGAUUUUAUGCCGCCAGAAUUACGUCGAUCACCGGCUCAUCGAGCGACCCAGUGUAUAUUGUCACUUUUAAAAACUAUGGAAACACCGAGACACUGAAAUCUAAUCACAUCAAGCCGCUGUCAAAUGAGGCGAAGAAGCGGAAAGCUGAUGGCAUCUCAGGAUCGUCCACUCCGGUUCCUGCACCAGUGAAUCCAAGCGUCAUUUCCGCAGCCGCCAGCGUCGAUCCUACUCUGGCCCAACAGGCCAAACGAGAGCCGAGCAAAGUCAGUGAUGGACCUAUCAGACCGGCCAAGAUACCACGCAAGGUAAAGGCGAACAAAGAGCUGGAGGCGGGCAAGAACAAGUGGCAGGACUUUGCAGCCAAGUCUAAAGCCGGCAAAUUUACAAAGAAGGAAAGCAUGUUCCGGACCGGAGAAGGUGUCAAUGCGAGAGUUGGAUUUACUGGCAGUGGGCACGAGAUGCGCAAAGACCCCACCCGGACAAGACAUAUUUACCAGCAAGGCAACCCGGAUGAAUGAUUUCGAACGUCCCGGCAGAUCGCAUGGCCUUUUUGCUUCUAGUACUUUCCUGGCUUGAGCGUUUACAAUUUCACGGGGCUAUCGCUGACCGCAUUGCACACUGCAGAUGGGUACAAGACGGAGACAUGCAACGGCAAUCCUGAGAACCAAAUUGAAGUUUUAGUCAAGUAUCUUCCUUUUCCAGGUGUAUUGGUUCUGACGUCGAACGAUCAUCUACAGGAUGUUGUAACAGCACAUGCAUACCGCGCGGACACAUAUCUAGACCUUCCUUGCUUCUUCUUUCAUCCACUUUGUGCGACUUUCUUCUCACGAAUUGAUGGUACGAAAUGGGAUGUCCCCGUAUUGUCUACCUAAGGCGGUCAAGACGAAUGCCCUUUACCUCCUUCGAAGUCACUCAUUUAAACUUACUACUCGAGAUCAACAUGAGUCGCAGACUUGCCUGUGCAACCGCUUGCCGAAGUGUACUGGCUCCCCUAGCCUCGAGCCUAGUGUCCGCUGAGCUCUCAGCUUCUAGAUGUCGAGCUUGAAAUGACCUCGCCGAGCUGACCUUGUAAGUUCCUCAUACAUCGUGUUCAUGUGCGGAGGUGAGGUCAAGUCACAUAGAUCCACCAGUUAAAGUUGAUCUUAUCGUGUACAUGACCUGAUCCAUAGUUUAAGAAAGCAAUGACCGGAUGUGAAUUGAUCCAUUAAUGUCAUAGUUAUGAGGAUUCACAGGCCACCUUGUAUUCUGAAACUGCUCACGACCAGGACAAGCAUGUUGAUAAUGCCCCAGAGCAAGGGUGUCCAUGUGCUCAUGGCAAAGUAUCCCGCGUUGUAAACCGCGCCCAGGACUAAGCCAACCAUGGUCCCAGCCAACAGAGCCUCUAACCCUCCUAGAACGAUGUAGACAAUAGGCACGAUCCAAACCCAUCCAAGCGUUUCACCAAUGGGAUUGUCCCCAAGCAAUCUCCUAGUUUUUGUACUCAGGUUCUUGCCCACCGGCGAGGCGAGAAACUUCCUUCGUUGUGACGCCGAGUUAAAUUGCAUGAGCACAGCCCAACCUGCCACGCAGAUGUGCGCAGAAACAAUGGUGAUGAGCGACCAGUACAGAGUGUAGCGGUAGAUGUCCGAGAGGUAGUAGAGGUAUUUCGACUGGCCUGGGAGGGCGCGGAUGGGCCAGUACAAGGCGGGAAAUUGGGGUGUGACAUAUGACCGUGGCACGCCUGCGCCGUAGGCGUACAUGCUAGACAUGGCGAAGGGAAGGGAGCUACUGAGCUUGGAGAUGGCUAACGGGUCAAGGUCUGGUUGUAGGUGGCCGUCGCAUUCUGGUAGACGGCAGUGGGGAUGAGGAAUUGGUAUUCAGUAUCGGAAGAUGCAACGAUUACUCGUGUAGUGGAAGUUGAUGGGCAGAAAUGCGCCCAUGGGUCGUGAUUGAUCUGAUUGGUUCAAUUGCUUCCUUACCCCGGAUUGACGAGUUACGACUUCUCCGGAGCAUUUAUGCCCGUCAUGUACUCGUCCUCAUAGUGUCCUUCUGGCGACCGCCAUGUCCUGCAUCGCUUCCAUCAUGACCUACAACAAUCAGAAACUCUCACGCUUUGAACCUGAUCAACAAUCA